AUGACCGCGAUCUUUGAGGAUCUGAAGAACCUUCUACGUAAACAAUCUCAAGUCGAGUCCUACACAGAGUGGGUGGACGGGUUGGUCGACAAAUACGUCCUACAGUUCGAAGAGACGUUAACCAGCAAGCUACAGCACAAGGCAGGACGUUUUCUCCUACAGUGGACCAUGUUUGGUGCUCUGGUCAUGAAGGAGCUCACGUUAAACAACGCUCUCAGCUUUUCCUUCUUACACCUCAUCAAGAUGACUUUAGACGAGUACAUCCUUCUGGUCAUGGAAACACAAACAGACAAACAAAGAGACGCACAGCUGCAGAAAAACCUACAGCGGCAUAUGAAAAACGCAGAAGAGAUCAAAAUGAGUGCUAAAGUUAGAUCCCAAGCCAACCGGCUGCAGACGUCACCGAAAACUAGGAAGAGAAAAGAAACGGAACACGAAAGCGAAGAUGAAACUGAAACAAACUUGACUCCAGAAGAAACGUUCCAGAACUUCAGCUCGUCGUCCACUGCUCACCACCAACCGAUCGGCAACUGCCCAUCAUUUUUACGUUCUCUGCGGCUAAAUUUAACCCAGAGAGACAACUCCGACAACGAUAUCAACACUACAGUUCCUUCCCUUUGCAGCGACUCUAUGCGGGCGCCAUCAUUAAACCCCUCACCUCUCACCCCUAUCAAACACCUACCUUCUUACGACCGCUCCACCUACCUCACUCCUUACUUCAACUCCUACACUGAUUACGUCACCCACGCCAGCACCUACCCCUCCGCAAGGCAAGUCCAAACACUCGCUGAUCACGCCACAUCACAGACAUUCCACCCUUUAACCUUUACCCCCACCGUUAACCCUUCACCAUCAACAGUCCCGCCAUACUGGACCGAAUCCCGCCCUCACCACAGUGACCCUUACUCUCACCUCGCCUACAAUUAUCAUCAGCCAUCCCAUGAUUCCUACAAAAAACAAUCUCUACUCCGCGGAGCAGUCUACCAGGAAAACAUAACUCUCCCCGCAUCUGACGGUUUCCCCAGGACAAACACAACCGCGGACGGAUUCCCAAGAUCCAACAGUUUUCUGGAGAACCUGGCGCUUCCGGCGUCAUCUUUCGAUUCUUCCAGAACGGCGAUGUACUACCCCAGACCAGGGGACAAUUUCCAAGUUGGAUCGACUCUGCCAGUUGGUUCCUAUGGCAACAGUUUUAUGGAAAUCACGCCACCUAGCGGUCAGUACCACAGGCAGGACGGUUUGUUCUACCAGGAAGAAAUGUUUGCCUCAAACUUGGCUGCAACUUCAGGGCUUGGUGGCUUCACAAAGACAUUCCUGCCUGCAGGCUACAGGUAGCCA